CACACUCACGCACUCACUCUCGCAUCUCGGUCGUCGCAGGCAUACCCUCAGUCAGUCAGUUCCACAUGUCGGUGAAGGUGGCGGUGCGCUGCCGGCCGCUGAACGACCGCGAGCUCGCGAUGGGCGCGCUGUGUGUGGUUGCAAUGCCGCCCGUCGACCCCGGCUCAAGCGCGAGCUCUGGUAGCACUGGCAGCAGCAUUGGUGGCGUCGAUACAGUCAUUGCAUCGCCGUACACGCAGGGCAAAAUCCACCGCUUUGCCUUCGAUCACAGCCUGUGGAGCGGAAACACAAACAUGGUCGCCUCAAGCGCAAAUCAGCGCGGCACGAACGCUGCUGGUGACCAAGAUGCCGAAGAUGACCCAGAUGACCACCAUGACCAAGGGGACCAGCAUCAAGCAAGUAGCAAGACCGCAAGUACCAAUGCUGCUGCUGGCUCAGUCGGAUCGGGAUUGCGAACCAAGCCAGCCGCUCGCAACAAUGCUGCUGCUGCUGCUGCUGCUGCUGCUGCUGCUGCAGAGCCAGUCAUCCACGUCGAUCCCGCAAUUGCAGGCUUGCCGAUGGCGCCGUUCGUCGACCAGAAGGGCGUGUACGAGUCACUCGGAAAGGAUUUGCUCGAGCAGGCGUUUUGCGGAUACAACACUUGCUUGUUUGCUUACGGCCAAACCGGCUCUGGCAAAAGCUACGCCAUGAUGGGCGCGGGCAGUGGAGAGCACCGAGGCAUCAUUCCUCGGUUUUGCGAAGACUUGUUUGCUCGAAUCGAAACGGAGCAGCAGACCACGCAGACAGCCACAACGUUCAAGGUCGAAGUCAGCUACAUGGAAAUUUACAAUGAGAAGGUCCGCGAUCUGCUCAAUCCAAAGUCGUCGCACACCCUGCGGCUGCGUGAACACCCACUGCUCGGACCAUACGUCGAAGACUUGUCCACCAACGCCGUCACCUCUCUCCAAGACAUCCUGACUCUGAUGGAGGAAGGCAACAAGAUUCGCAUUGUUGGCUCGACAAACAUGAACGCAGUCAGCUCUCGUUCGCAUGCCAUCUUCACCAUUCUGCUCACCCGAACUCGCGUCGACCCCGCCACCGGAAUGGCGCUGGGCCAAUCCAGUCGCAUCAGUCUUGUUGAUCUUGCUGGUAGCGAGCGCGCUGACGCUACGGGUGCCACGGGUACUCGCUUAAAGGAGGGCGCCAACAUCAACAAGUCGCUCUCAACGCUUGGAAAGGUCAUCGCCGCGCUCGCUGACAUUGGCUCUGGCAAAAAGGCAAAGGAAACGCACGUGCCCUACCGAGAUUCCACGCUCACCUGGCUCUUGAAGGACUCUCUUGGCGGCAACUCUAAAACAGUCAUGAUUGCAACACUGAGCCCUGCAGACGUAAACUACGAAGAAACACUUUCUACCCUACGCUAUGCAUACCAGGCCAAGCGCAUUGUCAACCGUGCCGUUGUGAAUGAAGAUCCUCGCGCAAAGCUCAUUCGAGAAAUGCGCGCGGAAAUUGAAGAGCUGCGAAAGCAACUUCAAGGUUUUAUUACGAGCGGUGUUGCCCCGCUUGCCGCGCCGAGCACUGCUGCUACUGCGUCUGACCCGCACAACAGUGGCGGCAAUGCUGAACUGGACGACGGUCUGGAUGAUGGAGAACGAACAGUCCGGAGCAGCCGUGUUUUCAACGACGAAUCCCAGCCGUCAGCACUCGACAGUGGCACCAGCCCGAUGUCUCCCGGGGCAACGGCAGAUUCGCCACCACAGACUGGUGACGAUCUCAUUGAGCGCUUGCGAAUGGCAGAAAAGCUCAUUGUGCAGCUCUCGGCUCCUUGGGAUGAGCGUGUGCAGCAGUCCCACGACAUGCACAUCGACCGGCAACACAUGCUCACCCGGCUCGGUAUUUUGGCCUCUGCUGACGGCGACACGGGCGCCACGAGCACUCACCCUGUUUCAACCUUGGCAGCCCAUCCAACGGCCAUGCUGGCGGACAAUGUGCUUUCUGCCUCCUCGUCUUCUCGCGUCACGGCGCUGAACGCACCACAGUCAGGGCCCCACUUUGUCAAUUUGAACGAGGAUCCCCUCAUGUCUGAAUAUCUCGUGUACGGACUACGGAUUCCGCAAACGACCAUCGGCUCGGCCGAGGAUGCAGACAUCAAGCUCAUGUCUUCUUCCGUCCAAGCCAUCCACUGCAUCAUACUGUGUGUUGAUGGUGUGGUUACCAUCCACGCCUGUCCCGGUGCCGAGGUCUACAUUAAUGGCAACAUUGCCAAGAACGAGGCUGGACCGGUCCGGCUGCACCAGGGAUACCGGGUCGCCAUCGGGCGUCGACAUCUCUUCCGCUUUGUUCACCCAGAGGAAGCGCGCGCCGAGCGGUCGAACUCCACGCAACCCACGCGUACAAUGGACUGGGCCCUUGCUUCCUCAGAGCUGUACGAGAAAAACAAGCUGGGGUUUGGAAGCGCCAGCAACAACCCUGCUCUCGAGUUGUCGCUGUCUGGAAGACCCGGCUCUCCGCAGUCUGGCAGUGUCACGGCGAGUAGUACAAACUUGCUCGAGGCGCCAACGAACGAGAGCGGUCGACAGCGGCCGCUUUCGCCGCAGCCACCGCUUCGCGCCAUGACAAGCUGCAGCUCCAGCGAGGCAGGAAGCUCUGCCUAUGUUGCAGUGGAUGCGUCAGGCACAGCACGCUUGCAUGGCGAUGCGCUGGUGUUUGGUAGUCUUGUGUGGAACAAUCUUGGCGAUGAGGAUUUCGACGACUUGGAGAUGCUGACGACGAGUGCGUCGUCGCCACCGCCACUGCCGGACGGCGAUGAUGGUGCGACUGCCCUCUCGGACGGGACGUUGUCGAGCAACGCUGGCGCCCGCAUCAGGCCAACCUCGCCACCCAAACGGCCUGCUCCACGUCGCGCCGUCCCCUUCUCGAUCGUCGGGUGGCAACCGGCUGACAAUCUAAUCCUUACCGAUGCGAUUUCUGGCAUGCCAGUCAAUGUCGCGUCUACGAUGACUCAGUUUGCUCCACCCCCUCGCUUUGAUGGCAGCACCAAUUCGCUCUCAAACAUUUCUGAAUCUGGGGAACGUUCGGCAGAUGAUGAGGUCAACGACAACAACGACGACGGUGGCGACGACGACCACGGCGACGACACCGACAACAAAACCAAAAGCGACGCUGACGCGCACGACGAGAGCGACGGGCACGAGCAGCGCUUGGCGCGGCCAAGAACGCAGUCGACAACGUCGACGAUGGACAACCCGUUCUUGACGAGACACUUUUCCUUUGCGCACAAGGAAGCCGAGCGCGAAUCCAUCCUGAGCAUUCUUGUUGCCGAGAUGACGACGCGGAUGGUGCCAUUCCGUCUCACUCCUGCCAGUCUGCUCUACAUGACUUUGCGCCACUGCGUGGAGGCCCACAGUUCUGAGGACGAAAUGAUUGAAUUCAUGUCGUCCAUCAUCCGAUGCCUCGAGCUGUCUCACAAGCGAUGGCGCACAACGCGCGACGUGGAAAUGCUCAGCUUUUGGCUUGCGAAUGCCUCAGAGCUGCUGCAGUGUCUGCGGCGCGACAUUGACCUGAUGGCGCUGUCGGGCGAAACGCAGCUCUCGCUCACCGACUUUGUGCAAGACACCUUCCAGAGCCUCCUGGUGGCCAUCCAAGCACGCAUUCUGCUCUUGCUUCCUGGCCUCUUGCAUGGCUCGCUGGACCCUUCGCCGAGUACUACUGGCAGUGGCGUCGCCAUAGGAGCGACCGAUCCGUCGCCGUUUUCCGUGGAUUUGCUGCUCGAGACGUUGACCAUCAUGCUGGACAUUGUCAACGACUGCACGGUUCAUCCCGUGAUUACAUCCCAGCUCUUCACCCAGCUCUUCCACUGGAUUACGGCCGUCGUGUUUAAUCUGAUUGUCUACAAGGGUCUGGCCUUCUCGGCCAGCACAAACCAGUCCAUGCAGCAACAGAAGCAGCAGCACAUGCUCCACACAAUGCCCUACCGACAGCAGCUUCUCCAGCAACACCAGCAGCUGCUCGCAUCGACCUCUGCGGUGGCGAGUGCUGGCAGCAGCCCUCACGCCUCCCCGAUCGCCUCCAUGUCGUCCGCACCUGCCUCUCCCGUCAUGCGCGCCCAAGGCACAUCCGCGCAGCAGCUGACUGUCCAAAACCAGCAAGUCAUGUCGUUUUACGGCCACCUGCUGGCCCAGCUUCCAGAGUUUGCAGGCAACUCUGGCGGCUUGACCUCUGGUGCGACGCUGGCUGUCACCAACCCGGCAGCCGUGGCGCAUCUCGCGUACCGCUGGCAACAGGGCAUGCAACUGCGGUUCAAUAUUUCGCGGAUUGAGGAUUGGGCCAACUCGAAGGGCUUGCGCAACGCUGCUAGUCAGCUUGGCGUCCUUGUUCAAGUUGCGCAGCUGCUGCAAAUGAACAAGUCUUCGUUGGGAGACAUGGAUCCGAUCUGCGAUACCUGCACCGAGCUCAAUUCUGUCCAGUUGCGCCACUUUCUCGAGCGGUUCCGGGACCAGGACGCGGCAGGCGCGAACACUGUGCCGGCCACACUGAUUGACUGUGUCGUUGGACGCACCAUGAACGCGGUAGAUGCGCAGCUGCUUGCUGCUUCGCGAGAAGGCAUUUUGCGGUGGGGCGUGGCAGUCGCCGACUCGUCCGACCACGUUCAGGCCCAGUAUAUUGCUCAGUUGCACCAAUCGAACGCAGUGGCGUCGCGAGAGCUUGGCAUUGGCACCCCUCAUACCCAUGUCGCGGCCAUGAAUAGCAGCACGGCUGGUGUUAGCGGCACGUCGGGCGCUGCGCUCGUCACUUCGGCCUCGGCCGGCUCCGCUGUGGUCACCCUGCUGCUCGACCCGCUGCAUCCCCUGCCAUUCCAAAUGCCCUCGACCGGCCAUCACGUCCUGUCCCUGUCUUCCGGCAUGAUGGCGGGUCUGGUUGAGUUCAAGCGCAUCUUGCGCGAGCGGCUUGACGAAGCUGCCAUGCUGAGGUCGGAGUCGACCAGCUCGCUGGCCUUUUUGAGCCCCGAGGACGGUGCUGCUUCCGGUGCUGUCCCAGCAUUGCUGUCGUCCAGCGCCCAUUCGUCGCCCGCUGCCCUUUCGCGUCGUCUCGCCACCUCCACCGGUCCCGGCUCCCCUGUCGCGCUCGAUUCGCCCAGUGCAGUCCCCAAGCGAGGCUUUUUCGAUGUUGUCUUCCGGCGCACCCUCUCCAGCCCGCGCGCCGACAUCUGAGCCCCUCUUGUUGUUGUUGUUGUUGUUGUUGUUG